AGAAGGGCUUAAGCUGACGGAGGACAACUGUCCGGCCCAUGACGUCGUCAGUCAGCGUUUCGCCCUGUUAAACAGGCUCGGAUGUCAACGAGCCUCAGGCCCCGUCAUCCUAGCCUAAAUCAUCUGAUAUAUAUACACCACUUACGCCCUUCCGUGCACUCUCCAUUCACCAAGCCCUGCUCUGCUGCUUUCAAGAGUACUUGAGGAAGGAUGAGCGAUCACGUAAGCUCUGAAAAGAUGGAUCCGACGGGAGCGCCUUUAACCCCGAAAUUCGAGAAGCCUUCUGGCGGCGAACCAAUUUCUGUGAAAAUCGUGGGUGCUGAUGAGGGAGUGAAGUUUUCUUUUUCGAACGAUCAAGUCAAGGAAAGUGAGAAAGCGUUGUGCCGCAUUUGUCACGAGGAAGAUUUGAUCAAGAAAAUGGAAUCACCUUGCGCUUGCUGCGGCAGCCUCAAGUUUGCUCAUAGGAGCUGUGUUCAACGUUGGUGCAAUGAGAAGAAGAACACCAUCUGUGAAAUCUGCCACCAGCCUUACAAAGCUGGCUACACCGCCCCCGCCCUGCCCAACAUUGAAGACGCAAUCAUUGAUAUCAGAGAGGGCAUGAAUGGUCCUGCAGAUUUUGUUCUGGGAGUGCCUCCAGCAAGGGUCAUGGCCGCAGCUGGGGAAGAAAACUUUGGGGUGCUGGAGUAUGGCGAUGAGUGUAUCACUACAAGUGGUGCCUUGACUGCAAUUAUCCGCUCUUCUGUUCUCAUCGUACUGGCUAUACUGAUGAUGAGGCAUGCAUUUUCGCUUGUGAAUGAGGACGAGAAGGAGCUCUGUGCUCUCUUUUCUAUCUUCUUGCUUCGUAUAUUGGCUGUCCUCAUGCCAAUUUACAUCACGACCUGGAUUACCACCGUGCUGCACCAACGCUUUCGGAGGCAUGAAAGAGUUGGCUUUGUAGCAACCGGGCCUGCAAUGCUGAUGCCAUCUGGGCGACGCCGAGCUGCUCUGCAGUUUGCUGCGUCAUCAUCGUCAUCAGAAUCUGGAGAUGAGACUCAUGAACUGUAAGUCUAAUCAUAAUAAAUCUCCAGCGCCUUCAGAAGGAGAAAAUAUAAUUAAAAGUUCUUGUGUGUAUAUAAAUAGCGUGGAAUAUGUGUAUGUGUGUGUCAUGGCCUUCUUUCUGGCCUUUGAAUGUCCGUGUAGCUUCAGCAAAUGUUUGGUUACUUGGUAAUGCUUUUAAGGUCGGUUAAAACCUUAAAAGCAAACUGGGUAUCUAUCUGUAACUGUUUGUUUGUAAUCGCGAACCCUGUGCCUGUGCUUAGCUUUUAAUUUUAGUGGCUUUUGGAAUUUGUGUUUUCUCUUCUUAAGAACUAGCACUUGCAUCAAGCAUUUCUGUGACUGUUUGGAGGGAGGGGGUGGAAUGAAAUAUAUGGAAUAGACGGCAAUGAAUGCUGGGCUGAAAAUGUGGUGGAUCAUUGAUUUUUCUGUAGUGGGUUCAAGUUGUAGGGGGCUUCAGCCCAAAUUCAAAUUGGGCUUCCAGUUGUUCCAAUUUAAAGUUAGCUGGAAGAAGGGCCUAUAGAAAUUGGACUUUGGACACCAAUAAAUAAUACUUUAUUUGAUUUUGAGCUGAUUAUUUUAAGAUUUUGUCGUAUUACAGCCAUAUAAUAUGGA